CGGAAGUAGAUUGUUCAAGCGUAGUCGCGGAAGAUAUAACAACAAUUCCAGCCCGUUGUCCCUUAUAAACGCAUACUAUAGCCCACACUAAUGUAGUGUUGAUACGAUAUCAACUUUGAUUAACCCACGUUUCCAACACGCACCGUGAGCGAAUCGAAACAUGCACUAAACACUAAACCUCUUGUGUUUCACGACUUCUAACGUCUUCCGUUAAGAUGAAUGACGGGACAGACAAGAACCGAGAGUUUCUGGAGCAGCUGCGGAUGCAGCAGAUGUACGGUCAGAGAAACGUAGGCGGCUCUGACCCGUACUCCUACACGGACCCGCAGGAUGGCACCAUCUAUGACUGGGACCACGACAAGAAAGCUUGGUUCCCAAAAAUCACCGAGGACUUCAUCGCCGCCUACCAGGCCAACUACGGCUUCAAGGAGGACGGAACCCCGGACGCCAACGCCGCUCUAACGGACGACACCAAGCCAGCAGCCCCCAGCACCAAAGACAAGGGGGGCGCUCCCCCAGAGCCCGCCCACACGCCUGGUCAGGACGCGGCCAAGGACGCCAAGCAGAAAGGAGACAAGAGGAAAGCAGAGGCAGCUUGGUUUGACGUGGACGACAAUAAGAACACCAACGUCUAUGUUUCAGGCUUACCCCUUGACAUCAGCAGCGAGGAGUUUGUGGAGUUAAUGUCCAAGUGUGGCAUCGUCUUGAGGGACCCCGUCACGGAGGAGUACAAGGUGAAGCUCUACAAAGACGGACAAGGCAACCUCAAGGGAGACGGCCUCUGCUGCUACCUCAAGAAGGAGUCUGUAGCCCUGGCUGUGCGUCUGAUCGACGAGUCGGAGGUCAGAGGUUACAAGCUUCACGUGGAGGAGGCGCACUUUGAGCUGAAGGGUCAGUACGACGCCACCAAGAAGAAGAAGAAGAACAAGGACUACAAGAAGAGACUACAACAACAACAGAAGCAGUUGGACUGGAGGCCGGAGAAAAAGGGAGAAGUGAGGAAGAGGUUUGAGAAGGUUGUCAUCAUCCAGAACAUGUUCCAUCCAAGCGACUUCGAAGAAGACCCGCUGGUGCUGAACGAGUACCGGGACGACCUGCGCACCGAGUGUGAGAAGUUUGGCCAGGUCAAGAAGGUCAUCGUCUUCGAUAGACAUCCGGACGGGGUCGCCUCCGUAGCGUUUAAGGAGCCAGAACACGCAGACUUGUGCAUCGCAGCGCUUAACGGACGCUGGUUUGGAGGGAGGCAGCUGUCUGCGGUCCUCUGGGAUGGAACCACGGACUACCAGGUGGAAGAGACGUCUAGAGAGCGUGAGGAGCGCCUCAAAGGCUGGUCUAAAUUCCUGGACCCAGGAGCCAAAAAAGAGGGGGACCCAAACUCUACUGUCCCAGCCGGUGGACCAGAGCCCGCCCCUGACACAUCAGGCCCCGCCCCUGACACGUCAGGCCCCGCCCCUGACACAUCAGGCCCCGCCCCUGACACAUCAGGCCCCGCCCCUGUCACCUCAGGGCCUGCCCCUGUCACCCCAGACCCUGCCCCUCACAAACCAGGCUCCACCCCAAACAAGCCAGAGCCUAGUUCUGAUCUGAGGAGCACCACCACCCAGCCCAGCACCACCACCCAGCCCAGCCUGGACAUGGAAACACGGCCCAAAGAGCAGCGAGAAGAGGAAGCUGACUCCACCGACAGCAGCCUAGCAGGGAGUGAUGAGGAGGCCUGAUGGGACCUGCCACCAAGCGAACUGAACUGCCGCAAAACACGAGAGAUGUCGCUGUGUUAUGACGUUAAAUGUUUCGUAAUUGGGUCACAGCAGAGAAUUAAAAUGUUUUUCCAAAUGU